AUGGACCCAAUUCUUGACAUUGGCUACUUGGGUUUCUUUGUGAUACAGUUGAGGGGUGCCACUGAUCCCAAUAGACACUAUAAAAAGGAUUCAAAAUCCAAAGCACUUCCCAAGUACUUCCAGGUUGGAACUGUAGUAGAAUCCGUGACAGAUUACUACUCAGGUAGAAUGACAAAGAGUGAGAGGAAGGCAACCCUAGCAGAUGAGCUGCUUUCUGAUCCAGUUGUUAGGCAAUACAGGAAGCGUAAGGUUCGGGAGAUUGAAGAACGUAAUCGACCAACCGGUAAUGAGAAACGGAAGAUAAAAGGAUGUCAAACGUACAAGCGGGCGAAGCAGCGAAGGCAUUAACUUCUUUCCAUGCUAUAUGCUGUCUGAAAUUUUGACCCUAUUACUAGAAGGGAAUUUUGUGUGCCAAAUGUCCCAAGAAACAAGUUGAACAGUGGAGUUGUUUUAAGGUAAUAUCAAUGGCUUUCUUCAGGUUAAAACUAUGGUCCUCCUUGGGAUAUACCCCAUUAUUGAUUCUUGAUUCUGGAUAUUUUAGCAUUUUGAUCGAUAGUGGUGAGCCUAUUUAGACAAAAAUGCCAAGGGGUUCUGGGAAUCUAGUUUACUAGUUACCAGCAGUUUCUGCAAUUAGAGAACAAGUGUUUGCAUCU